GUGUGUUGUGCUAUUUCGCCGUGUGUGGCUGGUGUCGAACGGUUAAUGUUGUGUGUGGGGGAAAGAAAGUGUUCAAUGUAAUGGAAUAGCAGUAACGAUGUGAACAAGUGGACAUAGGCAGGGAUACCUGGUCGAAAGUAGAAAAUGAAUCGGAUUAAAACUUGGACGGCCGUGGUCCGUCACAAACAAAGGAUACCCAAAAGUUAAUAAACGGGGGUUGACAAGGAAAUGCUCCAGUCGCUUCGAUGGAACGUCUGCGACAUUAUCACUCCACUGCUGUGGUUGAUGGCAACGUUGGGGGUCCACUGUCAGAACGGAAUAACUUCAACAACUGAUUCCACUGGUCAGUUGCUACUGGACACUACUGUGAUGGCCGAUCAAAGGAAAUCAUUUUUCUGUCCCCAGGAUUUCGAGAAGCCCAUCAAAUGGUUUCAUCAAAUUGACGACGGUGUUAACAGUACCAACUUACCCAGACUGCCACACAAUCCACCAGAACGAGACAGGAGUUUUUCCCAAAUGCUCCCCGGGCCUUCCAAAAACUUCCAGCUGAUUGGUCAUAGGUUGAGCUUCAGCAACGUCAGUGUCCGAGACAGAGGCUGGUACUACUGUAAGGACAAAACUGGCAGACGGUCAAACAAAUUUUACUUGUUUGUCCAGAAACCUGUGGACAUCACGGACCCUACGAACAUAUCUUUACCCAUUGAACCUGGCACUGUGUCGUUGCUUUGUGAAGCUGCUGGUCUGCCCAGACCUUUCAUCCAGUGGCUUGUUAACGGACAACCUUUACCACCUUCAAAAUUUGUCACAAUAAACAAAAAUAUCGCUGCAGUCAACUCCUCACUUUACAAUGUCUCAAAGGAUAAACCAGCUGUUUAUACUUGCAAGGCUUGGAAUAUACUGGAUAAAGAGAAGGAACCAAGGAUUGCUUUAAAAACAUAUACAUUUUAUGUAGCCAAAGAUCAAGGGGAGACAACCAGAACCCAGCGAGAAUGCCUUCCUUACCAAGGUCAUGUUUGUGACGAGUUCCUCAGAGGGAAGACUGUCUUGCAGGAUGGGAACUGGGAAGAACACGAGCAGUACCUCUUGAACGUCACCAGAGAGAUGGAGGAGGAUGGGGUGAACAUGUUUUGUUUACAUCCCGCCUUAAGGUUGCUAUGCAACCAGAUGUUUCCUAACUGCACAGACAAUACAACCGAGCCUUGGAGCGUUUGUCAAGAAAGCUGUCUUGCUGUUACCACACUUUUCUGCUUUAAAGAAUUUGCAAAACUUGAAGAAUUAAGACAUGAAAAGAUAACCAGAGGUCUUAUGAGUCUUCCAGAUUGUUUAACAUUGCCAAGUAAAUGGAAUUCAUCGCAGCAGUGUAUAGAUUCCGAUCAUCAUAAUCGCUCAGAGGAGAAAGUCAGAGGUGAUUGUUAUGUUGAUAACGGACGAUGGUAUAAUGGAACUGUCAAUGUUACAAUCAGUGGACGCCCUUGCCAACGAUGGGAAGACAAUUCUCCUCAGAAUCACCAACGCUCUCCGCUGCUCUUUCCAGAACUGUGGAACUCUGAAAAUUAUUGUCGCAAUCCUGGAGGAGAGGAAACUCAACCAUGGUGCUACACAACAGACAAAUUCUUCAGAUGGGAAAAAUGUCUUAUUCAGCUUUGUCCAGUCCCUGAGGACAAUGUUCCUAAUGAAUGGAAUGAGUUCUACCUGAUCAUCCUUCUUCCCAUUCUUGCUGUAUUUCUCUGCAUCCUCAUAAUAUCAUUGGCCAUGUUUUUGAAAUGGAAACAUCAGAAGUACAGAGCUGCUGCCCAGGAUGACUUUGAUGUGGAUGUGGCCAAUCUUCCAGUUAACAUGGCUUACCAUCAGAUGAAAUCCAACAGAUUGAAUCCAAAGCUUGAGACUCUAGAAUUUCCUAGAAAUGAUAUAGUUUUCAUUGAAGACAUAGGUCAGGGUGCCUUUGGUCGAGUCUUCAAGGCCAGAAUCAUCUGCAGUAAUGGAAAUUCCCAUAUCACAGGUGGUAAACUAAGUGGCAGCAAGCACAGCCUUAGCUGUGGUAAAAAUUGUAAACACAGUCGCAACCCAUUCUCCAGCAAAGGUGAUCUCAGGCAUCUUGAGAUCCAUUCUGCAUAUAACUGUAGUGACACAAAACUCUUAGGUGAGCACCUCCUCUGUGACUCAUCCACUAAGAGUGGAGAGGGACAGAUUAUUGCAAUAAAAAUGCUUAAAGAAGAUGCUUCAGACACUAUCCAAGCAGACUUUGAGAAAGAAGCUUCCUUAAUGGUUGAGUUUGACCAUCCCAACAUUGUUCGGCUCCUUGGUGUAUGCACUGUGGGCAAGCCAAUGUGCCUUCUGUUUGAAUACAUGAGCAAAGGAGAUUUAAAUGAAUUUCUUAGGCUGUGCAGCCCAGACCAGUGUUUGCGUAGGAGUGAUGCCAGCUCAGUUCCAUCUAUGGAUGACUUAGGCAGCAUAGACAUGGUGGAUCAACUGCAUAUGGCCCGCCAAAUUGCAAAUGGGAUGGUUUAUAUAUCGGAAAGGGGCUAUGUCCAUCGUGAUUUAGCCUCUAGGAACUGCCUUGUUGGCAAUGGUCUUACUGUGAAAAUUUCUGAUUUUGGAUUAGCUUGCAGCAUACAUAGUAUGGAUUAUUACCAUGGGAGUGACAAGGAUGCUAUUCCUAUACGUUGGAUGCCCCCGGAGGCCAUCUUGUACAAUAAGUUCUCGUCGCAGUCAGAUGUGUGGUCUUUUGGUGUUCUCUUGUGGGAAAUUUUCUCAUUUGCACUACAGCCAUAUUAUGGAAUGACACAUGAAGAAGUCAUAAACUACCUCCGAUCUGGACACACACUACAGCCCACAGAAAAUGUUACAUCUGUAGUUUCAGAACUCAUGAAAUCUUGUUGGCACAAAAAACCAAACUCCCGGCCAACUUUCACUUCCCUUCACAAAUCCUUAUCCGUCUUGUUGGAAGAAGCCACCAAGCAAAGAGCCAAGAAUAGUUUUAAUAUAUAGAAUUUAAACAAUUUUUACUUUAGAUCAUAAUUAGCCUGAGUGUUGAUCCCAUUUCUAGGAAUUAUAGAAAUAGUGUAUGGCAGCUAUUAAGUUGUGAGUUGUUAUUUUUUUGUAAAUACAAAUAUCUAUUUAAAACCAAAAGUUUUAAGCAGUAAAUUUAUACAGACAUCAAUCACCCUGUUGAUACUACUGUAUAGCUUCAAUGUAGCUGUAGUUUCUUUUUGUUUGGGAUAUGUCUUUAAGUCAAAGAAUUCUUGAUGUCUUGCAAGUGAUUGAUAUAAUUGACUGAUAACUUGAAUGCCUUUACAUUGCAAAAGAUAAUAUUUAAAUAAAUUGUCUUUCCUUUUUGUUUCUAUUAACUUUUUUUUUAUGUUUUUGAGCUUGGUACUGCAAUGUGACUAUUUCUAUGUAACUUGAAAUGAAGCUGUAUUUUUUAUAUUCAAAACCAAUAGGUCUCAUUUCCUCUUGUUGAUCUAUUACAUGUCAUGUUUUCACAAUCAUCAGUUAAGAUGAAUAAAAUUAAUGAAUUUCAAUCAGGCUUAUUUUUUUUCCUGUUCUGCUAGUGAGAUUGCCUUUAGCUAUUUCCUGGUUUUAUUAUUCCCUCAUUAAAAAAAUUAUGAAUUCAACUUUCACUGGCAUAUACAUUUAUGAAGAAAGCCUAACUUUGUCCUUUAGGUGAAUGACUUUGAGCCCUAAAUUCACAUUUUAAAUUGAAUUUCUUUUGAGUGUUAUUUUCUCAACAUUCAGCAAUAAUUACCUCUCAUCAGUUAGAACUAAUCUAAACAGUGGUUGAUAACACUAAAAGUAAUUUCAAAAUGACCAAGACUGUAUAUAAAGCUUACACUAGGCAUAGUAAAUGACAUUUUAUAGGACUGUGUGAUCUUUGUAUAAAGUUUUGUCUGUCUGUGUGCUAUACACAAGAUAACUUGUACAGUGACGUAUGGUAUCAAUUGUUGAAUGUUCAUUAAUUGCUACUUAACAAUUGAAAUUUUAAGAUUUCAUGUUUAUCAUGAAAAUGAUUUCUCUUAAAUAUUGUUUAUGUGAGGAAAUGAAAUUUAUGUCAGACUAGUAAAACAGAGACCAUGCAUUAAGCUAGUUACAAUCUAUGAGGUUGAUAGUUGUGGGAUAGUAUCUUUUCAGUUUUGUUUUCUUCAUAUUUUUGUUCACUUAUAGAAGCUGCCAGAGAUUUGUAGUUUGUAGAAGAAAUAAUUCUACUUAGCUAAAUAAAUACUUUGUUUUGGUCUAUAUGGUUUUGAGUAGCUAGAAUGAAUGAAGUAUUUAUCAUUGGGUUGAAAAGGUCCUUUUUUUUUCUCUCCAUUUUAAGGUCCAAUUUUAUUUCACUAGAAAAUUGAGGUAAAUUAUAUUUAAACCUUUUUGUUUUAGAACUUACCUCUUGAAACUGAAUAAGCUUUGUAUCUGAUGUUAUUUUCAAUAGAGAGAUUGCUUAUUUCCAUUCCUUUUUUAAUUGUAUUAACUUGUUACUCAAAUGUUGAUGAAUUGUGUAAUCAAAGAAAUUUCAUUUGGAUUGUUACAAUUGUAACAAUUUUCUCUAAUUUUUCAUGAAAAGCCCUCUCCUUUCAAUCGUUUUAAUUGAAAACAUUUUAAGAAAAAAUUGGGCUAGAAGAACUUGUAGUCUUUUUCCUAGUAAGAACAUUUUUUCCAAAAAAUCUUUGAACUGCUUUUAAAUGUUUACUGUUUUCUUUAGUCUUUUCUUUUUUUUUUUUUCAAUAAAAAGUUAUAUAGAACACUGCUUUUGAAGCAAAUUAACUAUCAAUAUUAAUAAAAGGCUGAAAUAAAAGGUUUUUAUACGAUUUACUUUUCUAAGUAUGAAAAGACUUCUGUCAACAACUAAAAGAAAAUAUAUCUAGUUCUCAUAGUAAAUAGUUGUCUUCUAGAGAUCUUUUUAAAAAAUCAUCAAAAUUAGAACUGCUUCAUCUAGAGGCCAUAAUAAUGUUGUGAUAACAGAAAAUGUCUUGGUGUUUUAUCUACCUCUUGGCUGUUCUUUUUAUUUUAUUAAACUUCCCUUGAACUUUAUCAACCAAUUUCUUUCUAAAGAUCAAAGUAUUACUUCUUAUUAUGUACUGUCAUUGUUUUCUAUUUUAACAGUGAACAAAAAAAACAAAAAAACCUAGUGAUAUGAACUGAAUGUUGAAUUUUUUUUUAUGAAUGUAUUAAUUUGUGAACAAAAGUUGUGUCUAUAGCCUAAUGGUGAAUUGUGUUGAAUAGCACAUACCAAAUUAUGUUUCUAUUAAAAUGGUCCACCAUAUAGAGAUAAAUGGCUACCCACAAUGGAAAUAUGAAAUUAUUGCUGAUAUAUUAAAAUAAUUUUUUAAACUGAUCUCUUUGUAAGGCUGUUACAACGUAGCCAUAUAUGUUUUCAUUAUAAAAUGGAUCAAUGAAUUUGGUUAUUGCAUUUAUUAGCAACUCCACCAAAUAGAGGAGGAGACAGAUCGGUGAGUUUUAUAGCUUGAAAAUGUAAUAAUGACUCCUAAGGUAUUAUGUGCAAUGAAGCACUUGAGUGGUUUCAACUAAGUAACGUCUAUAUUAUAUAAGAUAAGAUAAUUAUAUAUCAUAUAAUAUGGUGGAUGAGGGUCUGUGCUUUAAUUAGCUGUAAAAUUUAAGUCCCUGUGGACAAGAAUUAUUAGUCUAUAGUUACAGUACACAAAUGGAACUAAGCAUCCUACUUUGUCACUGGGUGAAACUUGUUAUGUAGUUAAAUUGUAAAAUAGAAGUGGAAAUUUAACUCCAAAGUUGGUCAUAUUUACUAGCAUUGUCUUUUCCUGAUUUCUUCCUAUUCUGAUGUGUUUCUUUCUAGAAUUGAUGAGAGGGUAAUUUAUUUGUGUAUACUCUUAUCUGUUUAGCAAAGUUGGUUUUCAAAGUUUUUGUCAUGUCUGAUAUCUCCACAAUAUGAACAUGGUGUCUCAACAUUUUGUACAUUCACAACUAUUUAUUUCCAUUACACUUUGUUUUUCAUGAGAAAAUGACCACAAUCAUAUCACAUGAAUGCACAUCAUAGACCAUGCUUGUACAUAUUUGAUACAUAAUCCUACUGUUGACUUAUGAGAGUCCACAUUGUUUCAGAUGUAUCUCUUAGUGCCCACAAAGUUGUGUUGAAAUUGUUGUUUUUUUUAAAUGUCAUUUUAUUGAUAAAAACUGUAAAUAAAUGACUUUUUUUAAAUUACACGUA